GUGGGCGGCACGAAGACCAGAGAGACGGACGGCGAAAGGUGUCCUGUUGCGGUCAGGACAAGGCGAUGGUCCGCCUCUCUCCCCCUCCUCUCCUGUCUCGCAACAGGAGCAGCGGGGUGCUCUUAGACUGCUUGGUGGCAACUGGGCCACUUCGGAUUGAGAGUGUCAGUGAUUUGUUAUCCAUGUAAGAAGAUCAAGCAAACAUUCCAGCAGCUAAAAUUAACUAAAGAACAUUUUAUAUUAUCCAAGAUAAUAGAAUAGUCUUCAGUACAGCUAACCAUUUCUAGCUUGAUUGAUAUAUGUUGUCUAGUGCUAUGUUUUGGACAAGAAGCCAGCCAAGAAAGAACAUAUUGCUAAUACAAAAGAAUUUAAGCCUGGAUAAAGAAGAGCAUGCAACACUUAACACUUUUUGUUGGAAUUUGAAUUCAUAUUGGAUUCAGUGGUCCCACAAUAUACUAUGGCUGACAGCUUUUAUUAACUGGUCAUACUACAUGUAUUUUUGAAAUGCAAAAAAACUAUGAGAGAAGCUUUUGGGUUGUUUAUUUCUGAGUGCUUUCCUGAAAUUACUAACAAGAACUGGACAAUGAAAAUAAUUGGACAGAUGUCCUUAUGGGUGUUAGCUUUACUGCUCUGCUGUCAGUUAGCAACCACUGCAGAACAUGAGGAUAUCGUGAAGCAUGCAAUAAAGCUGCAUCGUGGGAAAGGAGCUGCAUCUACUCAGAGAAAACAAUGGCUCGUAGAAAACUGCAGAAAAUUGUCUGGACUUCUACGUCAAAAGAAUGUGGUUCUCAACAAACUGAAAAGUGCUAUAAGAGCGGUAGAAAAGGACCUGGGACUGUCUCUCGAAGAGAGGACUUUUCAAGUUCACACAUUUGAAAUUUUCCAAAAGGAGCUGAAUGAAAGUGAAAAUUCAGUCUUUCAAGCAAUCCAUGGACUCCAAAGAGCUCUACAAGGUGAUUACAAAGAUGUUGUGAAUAUGAAAGAAAGUAGUCGGCAGAGACUGGAAGCCUUGAGGGAAGCUGCAAUAAAGGAGGAAACCGAAUAUGUUGAACUGCUAGCAGCAGAGAAACACCAAGCUGAAGCCCUGAAAAACAUGCAGCAUCAAAAUAAAAGUCUUUCCAUUCUUGAUGAAAUUCUUGAAGAUGUCAGAAAAGCAGCUGAUAGGCUGGAAGAGGAAAUAGGAGAGCAUGCCUUUGAUGACAACAAGUCAGUGAGAGGAGUUAAUUUUGAAGCUGUUUUAAGAGUAGAAGAGGAUGAAGCAGACACAAAAAGGAAUGUUUCAAAAAGGGAAGUGGAGGAUGAUUUGGGCCUAAGCAUGCUUAUUGAUUCCCAAAACAAUCAGUACAUACUUACUAAACCCAGAGACUCCACUAUUCCACGUGCUGAUCACCAUUUUAUAAAGGAUAUUGUGACCAUAGGAAUGCUGUCUUUGCCUUGUGGCUGGCUGUGCACAACAAUAGGAUUACCAACUAUGUUUGGAUACAUUAUUUGUGGAGUGCUUUUGGGACCAUCGGGAUUAAACAGCAUUAAGUCAAUUGUACAGGUAGAGACAUUGGGAGAAUUUGGUGUAUUUUUCACCCUGUUUCUGGUUGGCCUGGAGUUUUCACCUGAAAGGUUAAGAAAGGUAUGGAAGAUAUCCUUGCAAGGACCCUGUUACAUGACACUCCUGAUGAUUGCAUUUGGCUUACUGUGGGGACACUUCUUACAAAUUAGAGCAACACAGAGUGUGUUCAUUGCUACUUGUUUAUCAUUAUCAAGCACACCAUUGGUAUCCAGAUUUGUUGCAGGGAGUGCUCGUGGAGAUAAAGAAGGUGAAAUCGAUUACAGCAGUGUUCUGCUUGCAAUGUUGGUGAUGCAGGAUGUACAGCUUGGCUUGUUUAUAGCUAUCAUGCCAACUCUUAUUCAAGCUGGAGUUGGCACACACUCCAGCAUUAUCAAGGAAAUACUGAGAAUACUGGCGCUGAUUGGACAGAUCCUUUUUUCUCUGGCUGCUGUCUUGCUUAUAUGUCUUGUUUUAAAGACUUAUCUUAUAGGACCAUACUACCGCAAGUUGCAUACGGAAAGCAAAGGAAAUAAAGAAAUCCUAGUUCUAGGAAUAUCUGCUUUUAUGUUUCUUAUGUUAAUGAUCACAGAGUUGUUAGAUAUUUCAAUGGAGCUGGGAUGUUUUCUAGCAGGAGCACUUAUUUCUUCUCAGGGUCACAUGGUCACAGAAGAGAUUAUGUCCUGUAUUGAACCAAUCCGUGACUUCCUUGCUAUCAUAUUCUUUGCAUCCAUAGGCCUUCAUGUCUUCCCUACGUUUGUAAUAUAUGAACUCACAGUCUUGCUGUUUCUUACACUUUCUGUGGUAAUAAUGAAGUUUUUUCUUGCAGUACUUGUCCUUUCUAUGAUUCUUCCAAAGAGCAGCCAGUACAUCAAAUGGAUUGUAUCAGCAGGUUUAGCUCAAGUUAGCGAGUUCUCCUUUGUUUUGGGAAGCAGAGCACGCCGAGCAGGGAUAAUUUCUCGAGAGGUCUACCUCCUUAUAUUGAGUGUGACGACUCUAAGCCUGUUGCUUGCACCAGCACUCUGGAAAGCUGCAAUUAUGAAAUGUGUACCAAGACCUGAAAGACGAUUAAGUUCAUGAAGAUGUUUAGUACAGAAGCUUCCAUGAAGGAAACAUCUUUAUACACAUUGCAUUUCUUAUGCGGAAAACAGAAAUAGUUUUGUUUCCUCUAUUCCUGAGCCUUACAUAUUUCACUUUAUGAAACAAAAUACAACAUAUUUCACAAUAGAUAUACUGGUAUUAGGAUAUGGAAAUAACAUUUGUGGUGAAGGGUUAUGCAAAAGUUUGCUUUUAAUAGUCUACAGAUCUAAUAGACUGAUGUGCCUUUUUGAGUAUUAUUUUCAAUCACUGCAGAGAAGUUAAUUAACACUAUGGUGCCUGUGGUACUGUUCAAGAACUCUGUAAUGUUAGUUUCCUAACAUCAGCCAAAAAGUGUGUGUUCCAUGCUGUAACUUUUUCAAUCAAAAACUGCCACCCUCUAAAGUAUAUUUAAAAUUAAUAUUUUUAACAAAAAUGGUAUUUCCUCUAAUUGAUACAAUGGGCAGCCUCCAGACUGCUGCUCUUGUCACCAGAAGCUUCUUCUGUUCAAAAAGGAACUUCCUCUGAUGGAGCACAGUUUCAUAAAACCUGUUCCCAUUGUAAUUCUUGUAACUUCGAUUUUUCUGCCAUUUAAAAAUUAUGCUGUGAUCAGAAAUUAUUUCUCAGUAUGGAUAUGUAAUCAAAACAUUUUGUGCUGAUCAGCGAAUUCUUAAAAACCAAAACAUAAGACAAAAUUAAAAAUAUUUUUGGAGCAUUCCUUUUGUUUUCUCUCUCUACCUAUCUAGCAAGAAGGAAAAACUGUGACACACUAAGUAAACAUUUUGAAUGUCCCUGUGUCAUUAAAUUGACAGAAUAAAGAUGAAUAUGUAAAGAAUGUUCAACUACCACACUGCCAAAAAAUAAAAAUCUAACAUUAAAAAUGUCCUUUAAAAAUCA